UGCAAUGCCUGAUCAUACAGAUGUUUCUCUAAGUCCAGAGGAGCGGGUCCGCGCCCUAAGCAAGCUUGGUUGUAAUAUCUCCAUUAACGAAGACAUCACCCCACGCCGUUACUUCAGGUCUGGAGUAGAAAUGGAAAGGAUGGCGUCUGUGUAUUUGGAAGAAGGGAACCUGGAAAAUGCCUUUGUUCUUUAUAACAAAUUUAUAACAUUGUUUGUAGAAAAGCUUCCCAGCCAUCGAGAUUACCAGCAGUGUGAAGUUCCGGAGAAGCAGGAUAUCAUGAAGAAACUGAAGGAGAUUGCCUUCCCAAGGACAGAUGAAUUGAAAAAGGACCUGAUAAGGAAAUAUAACAUAGAAUACCAAGAGUAUUUGCAAAGCAAAAACAAAUACAAAGCCGAAAUUCUUAAAAAGUUGGAACAUCAGAGACUGAUAGAGGCGGAGCGCAAGCGGAUAGCUCAGAUGCGCCAGCAGCAACUAGAGUCAGAACAGUUCCUGUUUUUCGAAGAUCAGCUCAAGAAGCAAGAGUUGGCCCGCGGCCAGAUGCGAGGUCAAGACUCCCCGGUGCUGUCUGAGCAGACUGAUGGAAGCGGACUGUCCUGCUUUUCCACCCACCAGAACAACUCUCCCCAGAACGUAUUUGCCGAUCAGCCCCGUAAAAGCGAUGGCAGCAAUUUCGCUGAUCACUCUCCUCCGGUGAACAGGGCCUUAAAGCCCGCGGCCACUCUGAGCGCCGUUCAGAAUUUAGUGGUUGAAGGCCUGCGGGGUGUGGUUUUAUCAAGAGACCUUUGCCAUAAGUUUCUGCUGCUGGCUGAAUCAAACACAGUAAGAGGAAUAGAAACCUGUGGAAUCCUCUGUGGCAAACUGACACAUAAUGAAUUCACUAUUACCCAUGUGAUCGUGCCAAAGCAGUCUGCAGGCCCAGACUAUUGCGACAUGGAGAACGUAGAGGAAUUAUUCAGUGUUCAAGAUCAACAUGGUCUCCUCACACUGGGAUGGAUUCAUACGCACCCCACGCAAACCGCGUUCCUGUCCAGUGUGGAUCUUCACACUCACUGCUCCUAUCAGCUGAUGUUGCCCGAGGCGGUGGCCAUCGUGUGCUCCCCAAAGCAUAACGACACGGGCAUUUUCAGGCUCACCAAUGCCGGCAUGCUUGAGGUUUCCACUUGUAAAAAGAAGGGCUUUCAUCCUCACACCAAGGACCCCAGGCUGUUCAGUAUAUGCAACCAUGUGUUAGUAAAAGACAUCAAAACAACUGUGUUGGACCUGAGGUGACGUGCUCAAGAUACACGACCAUCUGCACCAGAUACCUGCCAUGGAUGUGUGUGACUGCUAGAUUUCUUAUGAUGUUUCCAGAAGUGACUGAUAUUUUAUAUUUAUAUAUUUUAGACCAAAACUUUGAUAUUUAUUGUUCUUGGACAUUUUGAAGUUUCCUUUUUGGGUUGCUGUGUCUCAAAGGAGGUCACAUGCUGUUCAAUCUAUACCUAUUAAUGUACCCAAAUAAUUUCCUCAGAAAAU